AUGGCGAACUAUCUAGCCUCCAUCUUCGGCACAGAACAAGACAAAGUCAAUUGCUCGUUCUACUACAAAAUUGGCGCCUGCCGCCAUGGUGACCGAUGUUCGCGCAAACAUGUCAAACCGUCCUACUCGCAAACGAUUCUCCUUCCCAACCUGUACCAAAAUCCCGCCUACGAUCCGAAGAAUAAGAUGAAUGCAUCCCAGCUACAGAACCACUUCGACGCCUUCUACGAGGACUUUUGGUGCGAGAUGUGCAAGUACGGCGAGAUCGAGGAGGUAGUCGUCUGCGACAACAACAAUGAUCAUCUCAUCGGCAACGUCUAUGCGAGAUUCAAGUACGAAGAUUCGGCGCAGGCAGCUUGCGAUGCUCUGAAUAGCAGAUGGUAUGCUGCGAGGCCGAUCUAUUGUGAAUUGAGUCCAGUCACCGACUUCAGAGAAGCUUGUUGUCGGUUGAAUUCUGGAGAGGGCUGUGUGAGAGGAGGAUUCUGCAACUUUAUUCACAGAAAAGAACCGAGUCCCGAGCUGGAGAGAGAGUUAGAGCUCAGCACGAAGAAAUGGUUGAAGAUGCGUGGACGAGAUGAGAGGAGUAUGUCUCGGAGUCCGAGCCCAGAACCAACAAGGAAGAGAUAUUAA